GCACGCUCGUGGUGGUGGCGUCGUCGUGUCUCCCCGAUCCCCUCUCGUCUCCUCCCCUCGUCGUCUCAUCAAUUCAAGAUCCAAUCUUUGCUGCUGCCACUCGGCGAUCCGAUCGUUCUCGAGCAAGGUCGGUGGCCAUGGCUCGCUGCCGCCGCCACCUCCUCCUCCUUGCUCUCUUUCUCGCCUUGGCUGCUGCUGCUCCGGGGCAGGCGCAGAGUCAUGGCGAAGCCUCCGCCGUCUUCAUCGACGCCGCGUCGCACCGCUACCUGCGGGACCAGCAAGCCGACGGCCAGGACGCUUCAAUGUCGUUAAAUGAAGUUUCUGCGGCUGUUUCUGUCUUGCUUGGUUUUGCAGCGCCAACCUCCCUACCAGCGAUUUCAUCGUCGAAGUUGAACAAAGUGCUUCUUCCCAAUCCAUUUGAUAGACCGCGUGCUGUUUUCCUUAUGCAAAUUGCUGGGACCGAUGCCUCAGCCCCUAGCUUCGUAUCUGAAGGCAGCAACAUUUUCAAGACCAGGAUUGAAGGUGCAAACAGCGCUGAUACAGGGCUUUCAGAUACAGAUGAUUUAAUUGUCAUUCAUUCAGAUGAAUCUCUAGAUCUUUCUCGAUCAGAUUAUCUUGAUAAUGAACUUUCCAGCUUGGCAAACUGGUUGGAGGGAUCUUAUCAGAAGUCUAGCAGCAAACUAGUCAUUCCCUUGGAGAGUGGAAACAGUCUCACUUUGCUACUUGAUAAGGAAGCAGACAUGGAAUUUGUGUCCAGCUUGGCUUCCCUUCUUAAGACUAUCGAGAGGGCGAUCCAGGUUCACGAAGAUUUCUCAGGUGUCAUGAACCCCGCAGAGCUACUAGAAUGCCACUUCACAGGAAUAAAGGCUCUGGAGAAUGAAUAUGGUUCCACUGAAAUUGUUAAGCAGGCAACUGAAGUAGUUCAGAGAGCUGUCACCAAAUCAUUCCAGUCCCUACAUGAAGCAUACAAAGGGAAAAUUGUUGGGCUGGUAAUAUCCACAAAGGAGGCUUCAUCAUCCUUAGGAUCCAUAAUUGACGCACCUUCUUCACUGCACAUUUCAAGACGACUAGAAGAAGCAAGCAAGACUAAAGAAGCCUCUGUGGCACUUGUUCGAAAGAGUUUGGCAUGGAUUACAGGGAUCAUCCUGCUUGUUUCAACUCUCAUAGGGGUUUGCUUGCUUAUGAACAUGCCACUUACCAGGGACACCCUCUUGUACUCGAACGUCAAGAUUGAUUAGUACUCGAACGUCAAGAUUGAUUAGUUUGAAGGGUGUUCGCGGAGGCCACAGUUGGGGUUCAACUUUGGCCUGUGUAGUUAUGGGAUGGAUUUCGGACGGUAGAGAUGUAUUCUUAUGCUGUUUACAAAACCGGUGUACAAUGGGAUACUAGGUGCUACGUGCUUUUUUUGAAUCUGUGCUGCGCUGCUGCCUGUAUGGGUUGUUUUGUUGUUGGGUUCCGGUAAAUAAUCCAGAGUGGAACAAACGAUUAAUUGUUGCAGAAUGCUACUGCCUUUUCCGAAUAAAUCUGUGACGAUUGUAAUCGAAUUUUCAACUUGAAUAAUAGUGUAGAUGCUAUGUUUGUCGCU